CCCCGCCCGCCGGGCUGCAGCGGGAGGCGGCGGCGGCUCUGGGCGCGGGGAGUCGGCGGGCGGCGAGGAGCGCGGAGCCGGAGCUGGACGCCGCCGCCGCCACCGCCACCUGCGCGGCCGUCAUCAAGGGCUCUGGAAUAUUUCUGUGCCUCGGUGCGGCUUUGUUUGGUGGGGUCCCUGAAGGCAGCCAUGGCCCCAUCACAGAUCACAGCCCCACUCUAAGGAUGAGGAGGAACAACAUCAGACCCAAAGCACUACGUCCCUGUAGAGGCCUGGGACCUGCCAGGGAUAGGGAUAGAAGACGGGAGCACCGUGGAGCCGCCAUGAAGAAACCAGUCUGUUUAGAGAGAGGGCCACCGUGUCACGCAGGCUGCAGGGAUGAAGUCAGCACUCACAGCAUAAGGACUUUGGUGAGGCCUGGAUGUCAUCCCCAAUGCUGGCCUUCGGAACAGUUGGGAGCAGAGUCCAAGGAUGGCUUGAUGGAGUCACACUGGAGGAGAUGUCUGUGGGGGUUUCUGAAGAUGUCAUGGCACCCCCAGUACCGGAGCUCAAAGUUCCGUCAUGUCUUUGGCAAACCAGCCAGCAAGGAGAACUGCUACGACUCCGUGCCUAUCACCCGCAGCGUUCACGACAACCACUUCUGUGCCGUGAACCCCCACUUCAUUGCAGUUGUGACUGAGUGUGCUGGUGGAGGGGCCUUCCUCGUCAUCCCCCUGCACCAGACAGGGAAGUUGGACCCCCACUACCCAAAGGUCUGCGGGCACAGAGGCAACGUUUUGGAUGUCAAGUGGAACCCUUUUGAUGAUUUUGAGAUCGCCUCCUGUUCUGAAGAUGCCACAAUUAAGAUCUGGAGCAUCCCCAAGCAGCUGCUGACCAGGAACCUCACGGCCUGCAGGAAGGAGCUCGUGGGCCAUGCACGCAGAGUGGGCCAGGUGGAGUGGCACCCCACGGCCGCCAACAUCCUCUUCAGUGCUGGCUAUGACUACAAGGUGAUGAUCUGGAACCUGGAUACAAAGGAGUCUCUCAUCACAAGCCCCAUGAGUACAAUUAGCUGUCACCAAGAUGUGAUCCUCUCCAUGUCCUUCAACACCAACGGCAGCCUACUGGCCACCACCUGCAAAGACCGCAAGAUUCGGGUUAUUGACCCCCGAGCAGGGACCGUCCUCCAGGAGGCCAGCUACAAAGGGCACCGGGCCAGCAAGGUGCUGUUUCUGGGGAACCUGAAGAAGCUGAUGUCCACGGGCACAUCCCGAUGGAACAACCGGCAGGUGGCCCUGUGGGACCAGGAUAACCUCUCUGUGCCUCUGAUGGAGGAGGACCUGGACGGCUCCUCGGGCGUGCUGUUUCCCUUCUAUGACGCAGACACCAACAUGCUCUACGUGGUGGGGAAGGGAGAUGGCAACAUCCGCUACUACGAGGUGAGCGCUGACAAGCCUCACCUGAGCUACCUGACUGAGUACCGCUCCUAUAACCCACAGAAGGGGAUCGGUGUCAUGCCAAAGAGAGGACUCGACGUGUCCUCCUGCGAGAUCUUCCGCUUCUACAAGCUGAUCACAACCAAAAGCCUCAUCGAGCCCAUCUCCAUGAUUGUGCCCCGGCGGUCGGAAUCUUACCAAGAGGACAUAUACCCUCCAACAGCAGGGGCCCAGCCCUCCCUGACGGCCCAGGAGUGGCUCAGUGGGAUGAAUCGAGACCCAAUCCUGGUGUCCCUUAGGCCUGGCCCUGAGGUCCUGAGACCCCACCCACUGCCUGCAGAGAGACCUGUCUUCAAUUCCAUGGCCCCAGCCUCACCCCGGCUCUUGAAUCAGACAGAAAAGCUGGCUGCAGAAGAUGGCUGGAGGUCUUCCUCCCUGUUGGAGGAGAAGACGCCAAGGUGGGCAGCAGAACACAGGCUGGAGGAGAAGAAAUCCUGGCUGACAAAUGGCUUUGACGUUUUCGAAUGCCCCCCACCAAAGACAGAGAAUGAGUUGCUGCAGAUGUUCUACCGGCAACAGGAGGAGAUCCGAAGGCUCCGGGAGCUGUUGACCCAGCGAGAGGUCCAGGCCAAACAGUUGGAACUGGAGAUCAAAAACUUGCGGAUGGGCUCAGAGCAGCUCUGAGCAGAGACCUCUGCCCUCCUCACCCUCAGGGACACCACUCGGCUCCAUGGGGAAGUUUAGAACCAAACCAUAAGUCCCCCCAAGAACAACCACUAUUUCUAUAUUUUUUACCAGAAAACAAAACUCUCCAUCGCUGAAAGAGAUUCCAGUGGGACAUGGUGCCGUUUUUCUAUUUGCCUUCUUGCAACAACAGUUUCUGAAUUGACUUUGUUUUCAGAUGAUGCCUUCUGUUGAAUUCUGUUAUUAAGGGCCCAUGAUGAGCUGUAACUUCUCAAGAGGAAAGAACACAGUAGAAAACUGGAGCUGGAAGGACCUAGGUUGACCUGUCUGUGAUUUUCAAACUGUGGUCCAGAGAAUAGGGGAAGACUGGGCCAGACGCAGUGGCUCAUGCCUGUAAUCCCAGCACUUUGGGAGGCCGAGGUGGGCGGAUUGCUUGAGGUCAGGAGUUUGAAACCGGCCUCAGCGGGUGUGGUGGCUCACGCCUGUAAUUCCAGCAUGUUGGGAGGCCGAGGCAGGUGGAUCACGAGGUCAGCAGUUCGAGACCAGCCUGACCAACAUGGUGAAACCCCACCUCUACUAAAGAUACAAAAAAAUUAGCUGGGCGUGGUGGCAGUCACCUGUAAUUCCAGCGACUUGGGAGGCUGAGGCAGGAGAAUUGCUUGAAACCGGAAGGCGAGGGUUGCAGUGAGCCGAGAUUGCGCCACUGCACUCUAGCCUGGGCAAUAAGAGCAAAAGUCUGUCUCAAAAAAAAAAAAGAAAAAGAAAGAAAGAAAUCAGCCUGGCCAACAUGGUGAAACCCCAUCUCUACUAAAAA